GACACUCGAGUCAAGUUUCGCCAAGUUUCGCGACAGCAAGUGACAGCAAACCACAGCAAGCUCAACGUGGCUAAAAGUAGAAAGAAUACAAAAUAAAAUAGAAUUUCAUUAGGUGACAUGAUUUAACACUUACGAUCUUCUGUGUUCAACAACUAAAGGUAAUUCCAAGGCUUUAAACAAUUAUCAACACUUUGCAUCUUAAAGGAAUAUACAAAAUUUUUAUGAUUCCUUGGAUGUUGAAUUCAUUAAUACAAUAAGUUUUAAGAGGAAAGUAGAAAUGGAACCUCCAGAGGAAUUUCCAUUUCCCUUCCCAGCAUAUGAGAUCCAGCAGCGAUUUAUGAGAGAGCUCUAUAGUUGCAUGGAGGGUGGUAAGUUGGGCCUCUUUGAGAGCCCCACUGGCACUGGGAAAUCCUUGUCCCUGAUUUGUGGUGCCCUCAAAUGGCUGGUUGAUCAUGAAAAAUGGAGAAAGCAGGAGUUGAUGUCGGCAAUCGUGGAGAUAGAUAGUAAAUUAAAGAGCUGCGAGAAGCCAUUGGAUAAUUGGUUUACUGUGCAGACAGAGCAGAUAAAGCUCAAUGCUGAGAAACAACCUUUGCAAGCCAAACUGAAUGCACUCCUUGAGUACGAAGGUGAGAAAGAGAAACUUAAGAAGAUGAUUGAAUCACAAAAAACCAUUCAGAAGAAAAUACCUGGAAAGAGGCAGCAACCUACAAAAAAAGUUUCAGAGUCUGAUACAACAGUGGAAGUGAAUUCUGAUAUCUGCGACGAUAUCGAGAAGGAUCUUAUCUUGGAAGAUGGAUUGUCAAAUUCUGAAAGCUCUGAAGAGGAAAACGCAGAUGAACCAUUAUUUAAAAACACCAAGAUCUUUUUCUGUUCUAGAACACAUUCGCAGUUGACACAGUUUGUCCAUGAAUUAAAAAAAUCUCCCUAUUCUCAAGACAUUUCUGUGGUGCCACUUUCAUCGAGACAAAAUUACUGUAUCAAUAAAAGUGUCAAGAGAUUGAAGCAUAUCAAUUUGAUUAAUGAAAUUUGUCUUCAACUGCAAAGAAAAAAGACCACUGUUAAGAAGGAAAAGGGCUUAAAAAAAUCAAAAACGACGAGAGGUUGCCCCUUUAUACCGGGUGAUCAAAAGCUAUUGAUGGCUGAGAUUCUAUCAAACAUUCAAGAUGUUGAGGAGAUAAUGGAAAGAGGACAGGAAAAUAACACCUGUCCAUAUUACAGCUCAAGAAAAUCUGUGCAAAAUGGACAGUUGAUAUUGGUGCCAUACAACUCCAUUCUUCAUAAAAACACCAGAACCAGUUUAGGGAUAGACUUAAAGGGAAAUGUAUUAAUAAUUGAUGAAGCCCAUAAUUUGUUGGAUGCUAUUGAAGGAAUGCACAGUUCUCUAAUUACCGGAAGAAAUUUGCUCCACUGUUACAGUCAGCUGUCGCAAUAUCAGAAAAGAUUUGAAUCUUUGUUUUCUGCUAAGAGCGUGAUGUACCUAGGCCAGCUAAGUUUUUGCUUGAAGAAGCUUCUAACUCUUUUUGGAGCAACAACGAGGUCUCAUCCCAAUGACAAGAUCGAUAAAAUAACGCCCAAAUUAUACAAAAUAGAAGAGUUUGAAGUGCUUACAGAGAUCGAUACAGUAAAUAUAUUCAAGCUGUUGGAAUUUGUCAAAACUUCGAAACUCAUUCAUAAGUUGCAAGGAUUUGUCGAGCAGUAUGGCAGUAGCGUAAAUAUUACUGAACAGAAGAUAAAGAAAUCUGGCAUAACGGAAUUUUUAAACUCUAUCAAAAACAACGACGUACCCUCUCAAGAGGCUGCUAGCGUUGAGAAUACGCCAAGUAACGAGGAACAGACCAGAAAUCCAUUGAUAGCGAUCUUGAGCUUCUUGGAGUCCUUAAAGAGCAGCUGCGCAGACGGCAGAAUAUGUAUUUUACCUGGCACUACUAUUGGACAAGGGAUUAUAAAAUUUCUAUUGUUAAACCCAGCAGCACAUUUUCAUGAUAUCGUGAGAGAUGCUAGAUCUGUCGUGUUAGCUGGUGGCACGAUGGAACCGAUAUCCGAAUUCAUAGAUCAAUUAUUCUUAAUGGCGGGUGCUACAUCAGACAGAAUUAUGACAUUUUCGUGCGACCAUGUAAUUCCUAAAGAGAAUAUUAUAUCCAACGUCGUGAUGCGUGGUCCGACUGGAGUUGAAUUCGAAUUUAAUUUUCAUAAUCGACAAGAUACGAGAUUGCUAGAUGAAUUAGGUAGAGCACUAUUAAAUUUAUGUAACGUUGUACCUGCUGGAAUAGUAGCAUUCUUCCCAUCUUAUAACUAUGAAGACACAGUAUUUAAGCAUCUAGAUAAAUCUGGUAUUAUAACCAAAAUUUCUGCUAAAAAAUGUAUCUAUCGUGAACCUAAAUCAGCAUCACAGGUUAACACAAUAUUAGAUCAAUAUGCACACUCCAUUAAGAAUCCACAAUCCCCUUGUAAUGGAGCAUUACUAUUCAGCGUAGUAGGUGGUAAAUUAAGCGAGGGUUUAAAUUUCUCUGACGAUUUGGGUCGAUGUGUUAUCGUUAUUGGCUUGCCCUAUCCCAACAUCAAGUCGCCAGAAUUACAAGAAAAAAUGAAAUAUCUAAACGAGCAUGUUAAACCAGACGCCGGAAGUAGCUUUUACGAAAAUUCUUGCAUGAAGGCGGUGAAUCAAUGUAUUGGCCGAUCCGUUCGUCACAUCAAUGAUUAUUCGACUGUUGUACUGUUAGACAAACGUUAUUGUCAUAAAGUUAAAGUACUACCUCAAUGGAUUCAACGCUCGGUGACGAUCAACGAUUCAUUUGGAUCUGUAAUUGGUAAUAUUGCGAAAUUUUUCGCAGCAAAAAGAAAUAAGAAAGCUUAAUCUGUGGUAAUACCAGUGUGAUAUGUCGAUAGAUUAAUUAAAGAUAGUACAAACUCUUAUUAACAGUUGUUAAUAAUAUCUGUAAUUUUUCUAAUAUUGGAAACCAGUUUUGAUAAAUUAAUAAAAUGUUUUUACUUGGGA